AUGGCUUACCACAAAGCCUAUCGUGGGCUUCUCAUCAUGCUCUUGGCCUUCGUCGUAGCCGUUGGCUUUCUGCAGCCAUCUCUAGGUGAUGACGCUCAGGUUCUGAUCAAGUUCAAGAGCUUCUUGUCCAAUGCUGGUGCCUUGAACAACUGGAACGACUCUAUCAGUAUCUGUGACUGGAACGGUGUGAGAUGUCGCAAAGGCGGGAUUCACUUGAAACUGGAGAAGAUGGGACUGAGUGGCACUAUAGAUAUUGAUACCUUGUUGGAAUUGUCCAAUUUGCAGAGUGUUAGUGUCAAGGACAACAAUUUUGAAGGUAAAAUGCCUAGCUUUAACAGGAUUGGGAGGUUGAAGGGGCUGUAUUUGUCCCAUAACAAGUUCUCUGGAGACAUACCUGAUAAUGCUUUUGAGGGUAUGAAAUACCUGAGCAAGGUAUACUUGGACGAAAAUGAGUUUACAGGUCACAUUCCUAGUUCUCUUGCUGAAUUGCCCAACCUUUUGGAUCUGGACUUACAUUCGAAUCGUUUCGAGGGCAACAUACCAGAGUUUCGAACGAAAAAUAAGCUCAGAUUAUUUAAUUUAUCGAACAACCUGCUAGAAGGUGAAAUACCAGGAAGCGCAAACGUUGGCGAUCCCAGUGCAUAUGAGGGCAACAAAGGUCUAUGUGGAAAACCUUUGAAUAACCCCUGCAAAAAGUCUUCCAGGAAACGAGACCUUCUUAUAACUGCCAUUGUAGUGGUGGCCGUGAUUUUCUUGGCUUCAAUUCUAGCAGCUACAUUUGUUGUUCAUCGCCGGAGGCGAAGACGUUCUCAGAUGACGAAAACUACGGUUCAGCAAGUGCAACAUCAAAACAGUGCACCCUUGGUAAUCAAGAAGGAGGAGGCUCCAUCACUUGAUCUGACAGCUGAAUUCAAGACGGGUGAGAAUGGAGAUCUGAACUUCGUUAAGAGAGACGCGGAGAGAUUUGAUCUGCAAGACCUUCUUAGAGCCUCGGCUGAAGUUCUGGGUAGUGGUAGCUUUGGGUCUACGUAUAAGGCUAUUGUUUUGAACGGACCAGCCGUCGUCGUGAAGAGAUUCAAGCACAUGAACAAUCUUGGGAAAGAAGAGUUCUCUGAGCAUAUGAGAAGGCUCGGAAGUUUGAGCCACCCUAAUCUUCUUCCUCUUGUUGCAUUCCACUUCAGAAAAGAAGAGAAGCUUCUGGUUUAUGAGUUCGUUGAAAAUGGCAGCUUGGCCAGUCAUCUCCAUGGUAGGCAUGGUUCUGGACUAGACUGGCCGACCCGAUUGAAAAUCACAAAAGGAGUGGCGAGAGGAUUAGCUUACCUCUACAGAGAAUUCCCGGAUCAAAAACUGUCUCACGGACAUCUCAAAUCCUCGAAUGUUCUGCUAGACCAGUCAAUGGAGCCUCGUUUGACCGAGUACGGACUCGUCCCAGUGAUGAACAAGAGCCACGCUCAACAGUUCAUGGCGGCAUACAAGGCCCCAGAGGUAAAUCAAUUGGACCGACCCAACCAGAAGACCGACGUGUGGUGUUUAGGAAUUCUCAUUCUGGAACUCCUGACAGGAAAAUUCCCGGCAAAUUACCUGCGACAUGGGAAAGGAGGAAGCUCGGACUUGGCCACGUGGGUGAACUCGGUGGUGAGAGAGGAGUGGACAGGGGAAGUGUUCGAUAAGGACAUUCUGGGGACGAGGAAUGGUGAGGGAGAGAUGCUGAAGCUGUUGAAGAUAGGAAUGUAUUGCUGCGAAUGGGACGUGGAGAAUCGGUGGGACUGGAAGGAGACGGUGGCCAAGAUUGAGGAAUUGAAAGAGAAGGAUAGUGAAGAUGAUUUCUCUUCGUUUAAUAACAGUGAAGCGGAUUUCUCCUCCAGGCCUAUGACCGACGAGGAUUUGUCGUUCACAGCACCCAAUUAG